ACUGCUGAUGGGAGCAUUGAUUGCAAGGAUACUCCUGCAGAACAAGAAUUAGUCGUUUCUCAACUGCAUUAUUGCGAAACUGUCGCUGCUCUUCAUCUGCUAGAGGAAGAAUCAUUAUCAACAAGCCUGUCAACAGCAGAGAAGGCAAUUCCGAAGUCUACGUUAUUUGCUUGGGAUUCAACGGCCUCGGUUCCUUGAAACCUCACCUUGAGAAACUGCGCAGUAAUUAUGAGGAUCUCUCGAAUAAAUCGAUGUUUCGUAAAGAAGAUAUUCCUGAGAGUUUUGUACAACAAAUAAUUGAUUGUGGGGAAUUCUUUAAAGCUCAUCAGUGCGAGGCCAUUCUUUCAAAUUUGAGAACUUUUGAAAGAAGCGGCAACGUAAACGUCGACCCGGAUAUUCAGAGAAUCAAGCACCUUGUUUCCGAACGUUUUAUUAAAACCUACGAGCUCAAAAAAUUGGCUUCGGAAGACAUGAAAAUACUUGGCAAGCAAUCGAUCAACGACAAGUCAUCGGAAAUCUUUGAUUUUUCUACCCCACCGAGCUCUUAUAAUUCACGACAAAAACAACGAGAACGAGAUCCGAAAGAACGCUUGACAGACUACGCACUGAUUUUUGAAUCUCCCAAUCUACCGAGCAAUGAAAAUAAAUUCAAAUUGGACGGGACAUCGGAUGAGUUGCUUAUAUCAACUGGAAAACCGUACGAGAAGAUUGAGAGCUCAAAAUUCUCAGCUGUUCGAAUACUUCAAAUCUACAAUGAAGUAUUAAGGCUGGGAAAUGAAUUGGGCUUUUCCGGCACUAUACCAUCACCGGAAGUAAUCAAAGAAUUCGAGGAAGAAAACAAAUCAAUAAAAAAAGUGCUCAACUUCGAAUACACGAGCCAACCGAAUAAUCACAAGUUGAUAAAUCAAAUUUACAAUGCUCUUUCAAACGUUGAGAAAAAUCAGAGUCUCGUUUUACUCGGAUAUUCCAUGUUGUCGAGACUGAACGUCGGACUCUUGUAUUUUUUGGCACGUACAUUCGAUUCGGUCGAGAUCGAACCGAGCGAUAAAUGCGGUUGUAUCAUUACAUUGAAAGACUUUAAAGAAGUUGAGGCAGUGAAAAAAAUCUUCGAGCAAAUAAUUGUAGCCUCCAGAGCAGCUGAACAAAUCGGACACGCUGUACUGUCGGUUCUCCCAAUCACAAAACUCUGUGACUCUCUCCAGUACGAAGAUAUUGCAAAGAUGAACCAUCGGAUUAUGAGGCAUUGCGUUCGUCAAAUUGUUGCCAGCUGUUUGAAAAACUAUGGGAAAUAUGCAAAUGCAACAAAAACUAGGAUAUAACUUGUACAAUGACUCGUGUAUAAAUAUCGCUACAUUUUUUCAAUAAAUAUUUCUAUUAAGA